UUCCGGCUGUGUUAAAUUAUUCUGGAUUUCAUUUUAUUUUUUGAACCUUGAUUGAAAUGAUUUAGCAGUUUAUUAAACCGCAACAGAUUUUUGGUCGUUAGAUUAUUGAGUUUAGCACAGGACAUAUUUGUGGCAAAAAUUGACUGUGUUUUCAUUUUGUAGACUAUUGUUUUGGUAAUGUUUUUAUUUGUUGAACUUCUCUGUGAGUAAGAUUUUCAUCGAAGGUAGUGCCUAAGAUGUCUUAUUAUCACUUUUACUCAGUACUUUGUUUAUUAUCUAUUGUUCUUGUGACUGUCACAAGUAGUUAUACGAACUUGUCUCCUGUAUUUUGGAUUCCAUCAGGCCAAUCGCACAAUAGGGUUGUAAGAUCUCCUUACACUACACACAGCACUUUGUUGUCAAAUAUUAAAUGUAAGGACGAUUUAAGAAGAUUAUGUCCCAAUUUAAACAGUAACAAUGACGACUUGACUGUCCUGGAAUGCAUUCAAACAGCUAAGGGUGAUGCAAUAGCAACGAUAAGUAAAGACUGUCAUCACGAACUUUGGACAGUGACAAAUAAUCUUAUGAACAAUGACCAACUCAAGAUUAUUAUCACACCAGCAUGUCAAAGUGAUUGGAAAAGUGAAUGGGAUAAAGGCAAUCUUUUGAUAAAUGUACUCGAUAAUGUCAAUAAUAUAAAGAGCCCAGAAUGCCGUAUUUUACUACAAAGAAUUGGACUUGUGGCAUUCAGCGACUUCAGAAUAAUUGGUCACUUUACAAACAGCUGUGAAGAAGAUAUACAGAGGUUUCAAUGCGGAAGAAUAGGACUAGACAAAAUGAUGUUAUCCCAAGGAUUGACCCUGAUGUGUCUUCAGCAGCAUUUAGAAGAUGGUUUGGCUGCAGAGUGCAAAACGCAAGUUCUGCACUUGUCACAAGUUCAGGCGGACAAUAUAAAAUUUGAUCGUCAGCUUUAUUUAGCAUGCAAUGUGGAACUUAACAAGUUCUGCCCCACAGUAAGAAUUGGUCUAGGUGAAGCGUACGAGUGCCUGAUGCAACAUAAGUUCGACACACUUAUAUCCCAACCGUGUCAAGACCAAUUGUUGAGGCACCAGAAGAUUAUUGUACAAGACUUCUCAGUCAGUAAAGGUUUGGCUCGAGCUUGCAAGGAGGACAUAAGGAACUACCGUUGUCGCCGCCUUGUCUCGGAUGAUAAAGGCGUCCGUCUUGCCCAGAUUCUCCUGUGUUUGGAAAACGCUAUUAAGAAUGGAUCCAAGGUGGCCUGGGACUGCCACAAAGAGAUGGUGGAGCACCGUCGCAUGUUACUUGAAGACUUCCGUCUCUCCCCGGAGAUUGUGUCUCACUGCUCCAACGACAUCGCGGAGUACUGUAACGGUCUGGAGGCUGGAGGUCGCACCAUUCACUGUCUCAUGGACCACUCACGACCCAAGCGACGCAAGGAGCGAGUCUCUCCGCCGUGCCUUAGAGCGCUGGAAGAUCUGGUUGAAAAAACAGAUAUUGGUGAAGAUUGGAGAGUGGAUCCAUACUUGAAGGAAGCUUGCAAACCUGUUGUUGACAAAACAUGUCAGGAUGUUAGAGGAGGAGAUGCAAGAGUCAUCAACUGUCUGAUGGAGAAGCUGGGCAGUCCGGUGAUGACAGAGGACUGUGAAGAAGCUUUGCUGCAGAUCCAAUACUUUGUGUCACGUGACUACAGGCUAGACCCCCAGCUGUUCAGAGCGUGUCAUGCAGAGGCUGUGAAGCUGUGUCACGCACGUCGCGCCUGGCACAGCGAGACCUCCAUGAACCCUGACUCAGGUCCUCUAGUGCUGCCUUGUCUAUUCAGAUACAUCUACUACAGUGAGGAUAAACAUUAUACGUUGUCGACCAAGUGCAGUGACGAGGUGCGCCGCGUGAUGAGACAACGCGCGAUGAGUGUGGAGCUACAGCCUGAGGUGGAGUAUGAGUGUCUCAAUGAUCUCGCACGCUACUGUAUACAUGAGCAGGAGCCUGCUAAGGGGGAGGAGAUGUUGUGUCUGCAGGACCACAUGGAGAGUUUGGAAGAGAACUGCAAAAAAGUGAUUCACAAUUUUACAGAAAUACAAUCUGAGAACUUGGAGCUGAAUCCUCUGAUUAUGACUCACUGUAGAGCCAUCAUGAGUCAUCAUUGUGAGGCGGAGCUACAAUCGGCCAACGCUGGUGAUAUGAUGGAGUGCCUGAUAGAGCACAAGAACGAGCCUGACGUACGCAGCAACUACAAGUGUCGCUCUUCCAUCGAACACCAUCAGCUGAUCUCCCUGAGUGACUACCACUUCACUGUCAAGUUCAAGGAGGCUUGUCGCAUCCACGUCGCACGUUACUGUCCGUCUGCUCGGACUAAGGCUAAGGUGGUGGAGUGCCUCAGUGAGAUAGUGCGUAACGACACCAUCUCAGACUCACGCCACAGAGUACCUCGGGACUGUAGACAACAGCUGAAGACACAACUAUUGCAGCAGAGAGAGAACAUUGACCUGGACCCCAAACUGAGGGAGAUGUGUGGCAGUGACAUAGAGAAGCUCUGUGGACAUGUUAAACAUGAGAACGCUCAGGUUUUGGAAUGCUUGGAGGAAAAGAAGAAGAACUUGAGUGCCAGUUGUCAUAGGCGCAUAUUCAACAUUGAGUUGCAAGAUUUCACGGACAGCUCCACUGACUAUACUCUACUGACGUCCUGCAAGCCGAUGAUGAGACUUUACUGCCAGCAAUAUGACAAGUCACAGGCCCUCUCUUGUCUCAAGAAACACAAAGACGAAGGAGGGUUUGACAGCAAGUGCCGGCUGGUGGUGAUGAGACGGAUGAUAGAGCAGUCAACAGACUACAGGUUCAAUCCCCUGCUGGCCGUUGGUUGCCGCAUGGACAUAGACAAGUUCUGUCACGCUGUAGUGGAUCAUCAACCUAGGGACCAGGAACUUCAGGGAAAAGUCAUCAAGUGUCUCAAGGCAAAGUUCAGAGAAGGUAAGCUGCGCAACGAGUGUGAGGCUCAGAUGGCCAAUGUCCUACGUGAGGCUGCACUUGACUACAAACUGAACCCAUUGUUGAAAACUCUUUGUCAAGACGAGAUCAACAAGCUGUGUUAUGACAAGGACGAUGGAAAGGGAGGCACAGAAGAGUGUCUGAAGGUAGCACUACUUAGAGGCCACAUCAGCAGUAGGGCCUGCAAACUGGAAGUGGCUGGCCUCAUAGAGGAGGCCAAGGCGGACAUACACGUAGACCCUCUGUUGCACAAGGCCUGCAGUCUCGAUCUCAACAAGUUCUGCUUCGACGUGGAACAAGGCGCAGGCAGACAAAUCCAGUGUCUACUGAAUGUUAUGGCCCAGCACAAAUAUUUGCAGUCAGAGUGUGAAAAAAUGUUACAUCAAAGAAUGGAAAUGUUCAAGAAUGCUGAUGCCCAGAUUGGUGCUCAGCCUCAAAACGUUGGUGAUUUGAUUGUGCAAGUGUCAAAUUCACCAUCGAGACGCUACUUUAUCCUAGUGACGCUCACUUUUGUGGGGAUGGUCUUCAUCAUAGGAAUGUUCUUUGGAAGAGUUACAAGAAGAACAAUAAUGAAGAACAAGUGAUGUCCUAAAAUGUCCACCAUGUCUGUUUCUUGGAAUGGUGACCAUGUCCUAAAAAUAUGACCAAAUUCUGUAAUUUAUUUUGCAGAUUUUAGGUAAAGUUUUAUUUUAAUGUACAUAGUUAUCUUAUUAGUUCAGGAGAUGUACUCAUAGAGGUCUAACAGAUGGUUUAUUGUAUAGAAAUGAUUAUAUAUAUAUGUUAGCUUUUGAACAGAAUCAAACUAAUUAUUAAGAUUAAGGUAUACUAUGGCGUUUAAACUUGUGUAUUUUAUUGUAGCUUUUUCAUUAUAUUUACUAUACAUAUUGAUUAACUGUUAGUGUAGAUUUGGUAUUAAUGACAUAUUGAAUUUAUUUGUAUCAUUCAUGACUAAUGACUAUUAUUGCACAACUUUUUUAUAAAACCAAAAAAAAUAUGUACCUGAAUUGACCAUGCUUGUUGCUGCCAUAAUUUUGCUCUGAUGUAGGCAGUUCUUUAGCCAAGUAUAAUAUAAGGACGAGAUUGAGAUGCACCGUAGCAUCGUUACUGACAUGACAAGCUUUUCAUUUUUCAAGAACGUUGAUGAGUUAGUAAACUAAUGUGACUGACACUAUGUUGAAUAUUUAAAUGCAACAACGAAUGAAGAAUUAGUACGAGAAAAGUUUUAUGAUCGAUUUAUCUGCUGAUUUUCUAUCCAAGAUUAAUUUUGUCCCAAUAGGUGAAGACAGCAUUGAAUCUUGAAAAUAAAUUUAUAGUCCUAUUAAUAAAGUUGGCACAUAUAGAUAGGAUAGGUUAUAAUCUUAAGUAUCAACAAGUGAAUGUUUUUUUCCAGUUGUAAAUUGUAACCACUGAUAAAAACAAUAUUGUUGAAUAUAGCAACCUUUUUACAAUCUUACACGGCAGCUUUGUGGCGCCUAGCAGAAAGAUUAAAUAGAGGAAUAGGAUGUGAACACAAACGCCUAGUCUUAAGGGUUUUUGUUAAAUUUUCCAUUCGUGAAAGCCUGCUAUCCUUUCAAAAAUCCUUGAAAGAUCGAUUAAUAGGCCUAUAGAUGUAUUGAUCAAUAUUUAUCUUCUUAUAUUUAACAUACCCAGUAAUGAGUCACACUAUUGAAAAAUGUAUAAAUAAUAAGCAUUUUAACAUGAGAAUACUCUUAGUGGCAAGUUGAAUUUUGUCCUCUUUUGAAUCUAGAACUGGAAUAACUUGGUCGCUAUGUGCAACUCUAUUCUUGUUUCAAUAUCUAGUAUAUAGCUAUUAAUAAUAAUGAUUAAAAAUAUAGAGAUCCUAAACAAGAUUCAUUUUUUAACUGGGUUUUUUUAUUUUCUAAUAACCAUUUUUUUUUACAAAAUUUGAGUCGUAACAAUCAAUCCACUGCCCUAUAUUGUGCAAACUGAUGGAAAAUCAUUAUAAUUUCUAUGAUUUGACCCUAUAUGGUUUAUUAUGUAGGAAAUUAGUGUAAUUCAAUUUAUGCCUCCUUUGUAUUUAUAUAGCCUACUUGUUUAAUAUAUUAUGUUUUACAUUCAACAACAUUGAUGUUGUCUUUGAGAAUUUAUGUAUUCCUGCUAUAUUUGUAAAUAAAAUGUUAAAAAUAUAGUACUAUUUUUAUAAUUUAUGUAUACAAGUGAUAUUACAUGUAAGUAAGGCUAUAACUAUAAUCGUUGCUAUGUGUAUUAUAUAGAUAAGCAAUAAACUAACUGCACAG